AUGUCUGUAUAUAUCACCGAAACCCCGAUUGUAGACGGGGUCAAGCCCGAUUGGAUCCACCCGAAUAUAAUCCAAAGCACCGACCCGAUCAAAGGCCGCCAGUUUCGAGUCUCCGGUCCCAUUCCCAAAGGCGCCUGUCUCCUCGUGGAUCGCCCCUACGCAAUAAUCCCCGUUGACGAAAACCCGGACAAUAUCAUCUGCAGCUAUCCCGCUUGUAAUCGACCGGCUCGCAAUACAGAGCGGAAUACAUGCCCGAACGCCUGCCUUCCAGACGUGAUUUGGUGCAGCAGGACGUGUCGAGUGGCUGAUGAAGUGCGCCAUGGGUUUGAAUGCGCUUGGCUCAAACGAUAUGCCGGCCCGAUUCGCUCCAAAUGGAGUGAAUAUGACUUUGGCAUGCUGUGGGUGAUUGUGCGCCUGCUUGCCAUGCGCCAUAGCCAAUUGCAUGGGUCAUCGAUAGCCAGUGGCGGUGCCACAGUUGAGCAAUCAAAAAUUGGCUGGGAGGGCAUUGACUCGCUCUGUGGAUCAUCGGAUACUUGGUCCCAUGACAAAGUGCGAAUGUGGUCUACGUUGGUAAAGAAGUACUUACAGAGCAGCUCUGCCCUCCCCCAUGGCAUGGAGACAGAUCGUGUUCUUCAUCUUAUAUGCCAAGAAGAAGCGAACUCUUUUGGUCUAUAUCCACGGGAAACUGGCCAUUUCCCUGUCCCCAAGCCUCCGGUCGAUCGCGGGGAACAGUACGGCGCAGCAGUGUAUCCCACUGCAGCAAUAGCUAACCACUCAUGCUUGCCAAACAUCAUUCAUAAAGCCGACGACAAAGGCCGCAUGGUUUUCACUGCAUCUCGCGAUAUCUUCCCCGGCGAGGAAUGCUGUAUCUCAUAUUUCGACCUGACUCAGUACAAUGACCUCAAAUCACGCCGCGAUCAUCUCCGGAAAUCAUUUCUCUUUGUGUGUCAGUGUCAAAGGUGCGUUGCGGAAGAGCCCGUCGAAGAACAGACUGAAUGGGCUGCUUUGCCGAUGAUGGAAUUGGUAUAA